AUGGGCGCUUUCACCAAGGCCGCUUAUUUCCUCCUACACCCCAACCAGUUGAGGUCCAUCGUUCAAUGGAAGGUAUGGCAUGACCCCGUCCACAAGCGCGACCCUUCCAAGGAGACCGAGACGGAAAAGGCAUGCUUCCGCCAUUUGGAACUGACCUCGCGGUCAUUCUCCGCCGUCAUCCAGGAGCUCAACCCCGAGCUCCUGAUGCCCAUCUGCCUCUUUUAUCUGGUACUUCGUGGGCUGGAUACGAUCGAGGAUGACAUGACCAUCGAUCUCGCCAAGAAGGAGCCCUUACUGCGCGGGUUUGCCGAUUUGAUGGAGAUUGAUGGCUGGACCUUUACCGAGAACGGCCCCAACGAGAAGGAUCGUGAACUUUUGGUCCACUUUGAUGAUGUCAUCUCAGAGUUGAAGAAGGUCAAGAAGCCUUACUACGACAUCAUCCGCGAGAUCACCGUCAAGAUGGGCAACGGUAUGGCCGACUACGCCUUGAACGCUGAGCACAACACCAACGGCGUCAACACUAUCGAGGAAUACGAGCUUUACUGCCAUUACGUUGCCGGCUUGGUGGGCGAGGGUCUCACCCGCCUGUUCGUUGAGAGUGAUCUCGCCAACCCAGCGCUCCUCGAGCGUAUGGAGCUGACGGAGAGCAUGGGUCAGUUCCUCCAGAAGACCAACAUUAUCCGUGACAUCCACGAGGAUUUCGUCGACAAGCGACGAUUCUGGCCCAAGACGAUCUGGAGCAAGUAUGUCAACAAUUGGGAAGACAUGUUCAAGCUUGAGAACCGGGAAAAGGCUCUCCAGUGCAGUUCCGAGAUGGUCCUCAAUGCGCUCAAGCACACCGAGGAGUGUUUGUUCUACAUGGCUGGUAUUCGUGACCAGAGUGUGUUCAACUUCGUCGCUAUUCCCCAGGCCAUGGCCAUUGCGACAUUAGAACUCGUUUUCCGCAACCCAGCCAUCUUUGAGAGGAAUGUCAAGAUCACCAAGGGCGACGCCUGCCAGCUCAUGAUGGAGUCGACACAAAACCUGCGCGUAUUGUGCGAGGUGUUCCGCAGGUACGCGAGGAGGAUACACAAGAAGAACGACCCAAGAGAUCCUAACUACCUGGCAAUCAGCGUCCAGUGCGGAAAGAUCGAGCAAUUCAUCGAGUCCAUUUUCCCCACCCAAGACCCCAAGAAAAUCGCACUCACCCAGGUUCAAAAUACCAACGCGGAAUCGGUUAACACCAUGGACACUGGUGAAACCACUUUCCUGGUCGCGUCCGUGCUUGGUGUCCUGUUCGUUAUUGGCGGUCUUAUGAUGGGAGCUGCGUGGCUCAUGGGUGCUCGAUUCGACAUGGCCUACGAUGACAUCACAUCAAGAGUCGGCACCUUGGUCAAGGGUGCCGCUGAAGUCUCGAGUGUCACGGUAUCCAGCAUUACCAGCAUUCCUACGACGGUGGUGCACCAGGAGCUGUAA